ACAUUAGUUGCCAUGAACCAUGGCAGCAUGCCUCCGACACUUCGAAGCAGAGUGCGCCCUGAGACCAUCAAGUGUUUGCACCGCGAUUUCGGCUCGCUUGCCGCCAAUCGUUCCAACCAUACCAACAACAUUAGCAAUGGAGAGAAGAGGGACAAACUAGCUCACAGAGACUUCUUCUUCGACCUUUUGAACGCAAGCUCGACCCGCAGAGACGCCAAACAAUACCUGGCUCGCUUCAAGCCUACGCUCGACAACAAGCCUAAGAAGACGUCUGUAGUACACGAUGCAAAGGAAUCAAAACAGCAAUGGCAGCUCCAAAGGUCUGGCGUUAACCUCGGCCAGCUGUACCUUCCUACCCAAGCCGCUGCUGCCACACCGACCUUCACGCAGUACGUGGAACGAGAUACGCAGGUUCAACGCGGCGCUGGAGAAUUACACGUUGCACUGGUCUGUCUGAGGGCUCCUCAUCUGAUUGAUGAUGAAACUCUUGAUGGCAUUGCUCUGACCAUGGCUCAAUUGGUCCGUCUCGAUAUGCAGAUCGUCCUCGUACUCAAUUGUGAAGACGAGAUUGUGCAAAAGAACGAGUCGUAUAGGGAAUUGUACCGUCGCCAGGNNGGGAGCAGAGUUGUCGCUGCCUUGGAUCGUCACAACAAUGAGGGCGCUCGUUAUGUCGAGUCCGCCUUGAACAUCACCAGCCAGGAACCAAUGCCAGCUUCACGUCCCAAAGUCAUGGGUAUCAUAGAGCUUGGUGUGCCCAAACUCAUAACAGAACCAUUGAAGCGAGGUGCUAUACCUGUCAUCCCCGCAAUGGCAUACGACACGACUUGCAAGGUUGAGAAUGCGUCUGUAAGCGGUGUUAUGCUGGCCUUAACACGCGCCUUGUCUGGUUUGGCCGCUGUUACUGGCACGCCAGAUAAGAUACUCGAGGAUACUUCCUUGGAUAGAAUCAUCAUGCUGGAUCCUCUAGGAGGGCUGCCUACCGAAAGUCGACAGGACAAGGCACAUGUCUUUGUCAAUCUCGAGCAGGAGUACGACAUGAUUCGCGACGAGAUAAAGACCUGUGGCAUGAGCCCCCAUUAUCUCGACACUCUCAGUUUGGUUAGAGAUUGUUUGGCUCUGCUGCCUCCUGCAUCGUCAGCAUUGCUCAUAUCACCCGAAGAAGCGGCCAUCUCCUCGCACCACUCUCGCAAAGAAUCAACCAUUGGCAUCACCACUCGACGACAAAAGAAUCCUCUGAUACACAAUCUGCUGACCAACAAACCCCUUAUCUCUUCGUCUCUGCCUGUCGCUCGUCUCUCUACCAAUGGUAUAAUCCCUUCCGCGUCUUCUGAAAGUGCCACUCGCUCUACACUUGUAAAGCGCGGUAUGCCUCUGAUGAUAGUCCCGGAUCUCAAGAACACACCCUGGACACCACCAAAACCCGGCGAAUCCACCAUCGCCCUAGACAACCACCCAGAUAUCAACUUCCCUCGCCUCGUCGCUCUGAUCGAAGAUUCCUUCCGCCGACCCCUCGAUGCCCAACACUACCUCAACCGCAUCAAGAACCGCGUAGCCGGCGUCAUCAUCGCAGGAGAAUACGAAGGUGGUGCAAUCUUAACCUGGGAAGAACCACGAACACUCGGCUACAAGCAAUCAGGAGUAAAUCCAGAUCCCACUCGCUUAGUCCCCUACCUCGACAAAUUCGCCGUGCUCCAACGCUCUCAAGGCAGUUCCGGAGUAGCCGAUAUAGUGUUCCAAGCUAUGGUGCGCAGUUGCUUCCCAGAUGGCGUUUGCUGGCGAUCACGUUCCAACAAUCCGGUUAACAAGUGGUACUUUGAGCGGUCGAGGGGAACAUGGCAUUUGCAGGAUACACAGUGGACCAUGUUUUGGACGAAUCCGGAUUUGGUGGCUGAUCAACAGCGCUGGGAGGAGUAUGUAUCGGUGUGUAGGAACAUCGAACCUAGCUGGGCAGAUAACAAGGCCAAGCCUGAUUGA